CGCGAGUAUUCACAUUCAGCAUUCAGCAUUCAACACAUUCUUCAUAGAACUGGACCCCCUUCCUACUAGUACUUCUUCUUCCUCAAGAAUCGCUGCGAUACAUUCUAUUCAAGAUGAAUAUUCGUGAGGCUACUUUGGACGAUAUGAUCGCCAUGCAAAACUGUAACUUGCACAAUCUGCCAGAAAAUUAUCAGAUGAAAUAUUACUUUUAUCAUUCUCUCACUUGGCCUCAACUUUCAUAUGUGGCAGAGGAUGAAAAAGGCAGGAUCAUUGGAUAUGUUCUGGCAAAAUUAGAGGAGGAUCCAACAGCUGAACCACAUGGACACAUCACCUCCUUGUCAGUAAUGCGUACUUACCGCCGACUCGGUGUUGCAGAGAAAUUAAUGACUCAAUCACAAAAUGCCAUGCGCGAUGUGUUUAACUGUAAAUAUGUUUCUCUUCAUGUUCGCAAGAGCAAUCGUGCUGCCCUUCAGCUGUAUAGGGAUACUCUCAACUUUACUGUGCAGGACAUUGAGAAGAAGUAUUAUGCUGACGGUGAAGAUGCCUAUGCAUGCCGCAAAGUCCUCAGGGAAUAACUGAAGCUUGAAUAAAUUUGCACUAUAGUCAGGUGAUAUCACAUGAUUACCCUAC